AAAGGAAAAAAUUGAUGCUUCUCACCCUAUGGAAUGAAUUCCAAGAAUAUGAGGGCAACAUCCUUGCACACAUCAUUGCAACUAUUCCUAUGAUCUUUGCUAUGAGAGUGAAAGUCUCUACUUUCAACACUCUGUCAUUAACAACAAUAGGAUUGUCAUCCAUUCUCAUCAACCCACCACUCCAUGAUGAAUUCAUACUUCAUGAAUGGUAUAGCAUCCAUAAAGAUGAAGUUAAGACUUUAUUCGAAACAAAAGCAUAUAAAGAUCCAGAAUUGCUGCUUCCACUACCAAAUGAAGGGGACAUUAAGAAUAUUCAUGAUGCGUUAAUCUCAUUCGGAACUCAAAAAACAGCAUGGAUAACUGGUACAGCACAAUUAUCAUUUGGCCAAACUCAUUUUUGGUACACUGCAUGCUCAAAUUGCUUGAAGACUGUUGAAGCAGACACAGAUUGGAUCAUAAAAUGUUCAUCAUGCAAAGAAGAAGCUGAAGUAGAGCUAAGGUGUCGCAUUGGAAUAACACUCACUGAUUCAACUGCAAGCAUUCAAUGCUUAAUAUCUGGAAAACAAGCUGAAAGACUGAUACAAUUCACUGCUGCCGAACUGAAGGAUGCAGAGGCACAUGGAAUAACAAUGAAUCAAGAACUUUCUACCAUCAUGAAAAAGCACAAGCUGAUUUGCUUCAUCAAAACAUAUGAGACAACUUUUCAAGGACUGCCACAAAGAAGAAAUGCAAUCAUCAAAGCCUACACAGCAGCUGAAGUUCCAAACAUACCACUGCCUCUACAAGAUUCACCAACAACUCUUCAAGCUUCACCGAGUACAACACCAUCAAACACCAAGCAAAAGCAGAUUGCAGACGAACAAACGUUCACACCAAGGGCUAAAUUGCUGCUUCAAGAAAUAGCUGAAUCCACUGCUACUAAAAGAAGCUCCAUGACUGAAUCAACAGCCACAAAAAGAGCCCUCACAUUGACCGAACUAGAAGGUCACCAAAUACCUGCACCAACUGUUGGAACAGAAAUACACAAAACACUUGAAGACACUGCUACCUCAGCCUCACCAAAUGCCACCUCAAUCGACAAAACUGCUGCCAGCCCAACAAAGAAACCAAAACAGCAAGAAGGCAAUUGACCUCCCACAACUCUUACUAAAACCUUUUGAUAUUGCUAGAGAAGAAUUUAGCAUUCCAGUGUGUAGGUCUAUCAUGGCUAAAUUGUAGUCUUAGAAUCUAUUGCUUCAAUAUUUUUUUAUAGAGCAAUGCAUUCUAUGACUUACACUUACUAGGACCUCCUUCACCUGCUAAUGACUGCUAUUAGCAUAGCCACAAAGUUGUCAAUCAUAACUUCAUGAGCUGAAAACGCAGUAUUAGAGUCCACUACUCCAAUAUCUUUUGAUAGAGUAUGUCAUAUAAGUCUCUCUAGCAAUGAAUAAUAUGUACAGUAGUUCUUUACA